AUGUCUUCUAAGCGCAUUGUGCUCAUCACCGGCGCCAACACCGGCAUCGGAUAUGAGACCGUCAGGGCCCUGCUAGAGUCCAAACGGUCGUACCACAUCAUUUUUGGGUCAAGAUCUAUCGAUAAAGGCAAAGCUGCCAUCGCCGAACUCGAAAAGGAGUUUCCAUCCACCACCAGCUCCUUAGAGCUCAUACAAAUCGACGUUGUCGAUGACGACUCUAUUCUGAAGGCUUUCCAGGAAGUCAAGGACAAGCAUGGGGCUGUUGACGUUCUAAACUACAACCCCGAGGAUAUCAAGACUCUUCGUCAAAAUCUCAACAAAUCAUAUGACGUCAACACCUCGGGCACGCAUGUCCUCACCCACGUCUUCAUCCCUCUUCUUCUCAAGUCAUCAGAUCCCCGCAUUUUGUUCAUUACCAGCGGACUUUCCGACCUCCACAGCACCGAAGCUCUUGGUUUGACCCCAUUUCAGCCCCAGACUAGCCCACCCGCGGGUUGGCCGAAGCCCUUUUUUAUGCAGGUCGGAUACCGCUCGAGCAAAACCGCCCUCAACAUGAUCAUGCAGUACUGGCACUGGAUUCUCAAGGCCGAUGGUGUCAAGGUAUGGUGCAUCUCCCCGGGGUUCCUAGCUACUGGCCUGGGAGGAAAUCCGGAGCUCUUGAAGAAGAUGGGUGCGGGCGAACCAAGCCAGGGAGGCAUACUGAUCAAGCAGGUUGUGGAGGGCGAGCGAGAUGCUGAUGUUGGCAAAGUUGUCAAUAAGGAUGGAAUCCAGUCUUGGUAG